CCCGGCUGCACGUGUCAUUGUUUGGGUACGUGAGGCGGCUGGGACGGGAAAGUGCUGGCAGCUGAAGAUUAAGCUGCCCGGAAGGGGUGGCCAGAGGCUUUAAAUUCUCUCCCACUGGGGCAGGCCUGUGCAUUUUUUACCUGCCAGUCCGCAGCGACUCUCCAGCCACUGCAUUUCCAGAGAUUCUGGUCUUCUGUUUUAGGCGGGAGAUGCUAUUGCUUGAUUGCAACCCGGAGGCGGAUGGUCUGAAGCAUCUGCUGCAGACUGGGUGUUCCGUCAAUGCACCCCCGGAUUCCUGUGAGCAGUCGCCUGUCCACUUAGCUGCAGGUGGCGGCUUUGCUUACUUUCUUCUCUGGCAGCUGCAAACAGGCGCUGACCUCAAUCAACAGGAUGUUUUGGGAGAAGCGCCACUCCAUAAGGCAGCUAAAGUUGGAAGCCUGGAAUGCCUUAGCCUGCUUGUAGCCAGUGAAGCCCAGAUUGAUUUAUGUAAUAAGAAUGGGCAGACAGCUGAAGAUCUUGCGUGGUUACAUGGAUUUCCAGAAUGUGCCAAGUUUCUUACAACAAUUAAAUGUAUGCAGACAAUAAAGUCAAAUGAACAACCCAUUAGGGAUCAUUGUGUCCCACUGCUCAGACAGAAACGAAGUUUUGGAAGUACAGAAAAUAUAAAUGAGAAAAGAAAGUGUUGAUAAGUAUGUAAAACUUUUUUUUUCCUCCCUCAAGAAUCUCUUUUAGCAUAAAACUUAUUGUUCCAUUUAAUUAUUGACACUCUUAUUUUGGUACUAUCUCUUUAUUUUCUUUUUUUGGUUGGGAGAGUGUGCUAGGGAUUGAACCCAGGUCCUUUGACUGAGCUACAUCCCCAGCCCUUUAAAUUUUUUUUUUUGAGACAGGGUCAUCUUUAUUAAAAAAUUUUUUGAGACAGUGUCUCACUAUGUAGUUCAGGCUGGGCUUGAACCCACUGCAAUCCUCCUGCCUCAGCCUCCCAAGUGCUGGGAUUACAGGUGUGCACCACCACGCCUGGUGAGACAGGGUCUUCUGAGUUGCCCAGGCUGGGCUCACACUUGUGAUCCUCCUGCUUUAGCCUCCCGGUGCUGGGAUUAUAGGCGUGGGCCUAAGCUCUGUACUUGGCUUUCAUUUCAUUAACAUUUUAAUAGUGGUAUAGUUACUACUAUUACUGUACUAGAUUCUAAAGACCAAAAUUUGUCCUGCAUGGUGAAAGUUUGGGGAGAAAACUUUUUUUUUAAAAAAAAGUUUUACUGUUAAAACUUUUUAAAAAAACAAAUGUCACGUUGGUUAUAAAGAGGUUCAAAGCAGGCUUCAUUCCAAAAAGAUCCACAAGCAAUGGCUUUUGGGUUACCAUACGUGUUUAAACUCCAAGGUGGAGGAAAACUUUCUUCCCAGUGAAGAGAACAUUUAAGAAUACAUGUAAUUGGGCUGGAAAUGUAGCUCAGUGGUUCCGCCGCCUGCCUCGCAAGCGCAACGUCCCGAGUUUGAUCCCCAGUACCAAAAAAAAAAAAAAA